CAAAGCUAAUGAUGGGGAAAUAUUGGAAGAAAGUGUUGCUCAUAGAGUGUCACCACUCGCUUUUGAAUACGCAGCGUUGAUGACUAUAUUUUUCGCACACAAUUUGAUCUUUACGCUGUUCGCCUACGACGAAGACGAUGACAAUUACUGUUAUGAGAAAAACUCACAUAGUCAAGACAACAUUCAGGACUAUUCUACUGAUGAAAGUUAUUAUUCAGGCAACAAUUCAAGUAGAGAAGAAGAAAGAGACGAAGAGGAAGGAUUUACUGUUACAAUAGACGGUGACGUGAUCGAUACGUCAAACAAUACUUACCACAACUGCGAUCUUGUCAAAUCAAUUCCUCAAAAUACUAAGAUUCCAAAAGGGCCACUAGAGGAACAUAGCGUUGACAAUUGUUCGGAGUCGAGCCAUUUCAAUGAUAUAGAAGAAGAUAUCGAGAGUGGAAACUACAUUGAAAACAGAGAGAUACAGGAAGUCGAAACGUCAUCCGACUCUGACAACCAGAAUUUGAUCAAUGGCGAUGCGACACUAACCAAGAACGACUCAUUCGAGCCACAAAUGGAGAACAUGUGUAGUUAUGUCUCGACAUUUCUUCCCUACUCACAAAAUGAAGACGAACGGAAUGACGACGAAGGGCAAACGCUGAGCGAUGACGUUGCACAUCUAGAAAGGAAAUCAAACGGUGUAUUUUCGUCAUUGGCUCCCACCGUGACUACUUCUUCGGCGUCAGAUAUUGCUGCAGUGCAUACACUCGCUCGAAAUAACUCGGACAUUGCUAAUCGUCCUACCACUAAUGAAAGUUUAGGGCAGCAUGAUAGCUAUUCGCAAGACAAAUCGCUUCACACGAAACUGUCAGACCCGGAAGAGCGCAUCGAUUCUGAAGAAAUUUGUAUUUCAUCCGGCAACCAAAAAUCUGUCGAGAAGUUGAGAUCAAAGGAGUCAACAUCAUCGUCAACACCAGCAUCAGUACCACCACGAACAAAAAUACCGUACCACCUCCACCAUUAUUAUCGAACGACGCCAAUGUUCCAAUUGACGAUGUAAAUUUAGUUCCACAUGUUGGUAUAAAAGAGACGCAAUUGAAAAAAAAAAGUUCAGAGAUUGAUAUCGAAGGCUCAAAGACGAGUGACGAUGAUCAUUUCGAACCAUUGGAAGAAAUUGAAGUACCUUUGGAAGACAAUCCCUUCAAGCUGGCAAACGAUGAAAUUUUAGCUGAUCUUCAUUCAAUCAACAUGAUGGAAGAGCAUUCAUCUACUGCUUUACCGCGAAGCACACUAAGACCCAAAAGAAAGAAGAAAUCUAGAAGGUAUAGAAAGAAAAAAGUUUCUCAAAAGAUGAUACAGGUAGAUAUACCUCGGGUGAUUCGCGAGGAAGAGGAACGCAAUUCAACAAGUUCAUCGAGCUCUGGAAGCUAUAACUUGGUUGUUUCAAAGAAACUCAAGAUUUCGAAAGAUCCUGUUAUAAAUACAACGACAAAGUCAUUUACCGACCCCGAGCACAUAGGAGUCGACCAGAAAAGCGAAAACAGCGAAAAAACGUUCUAUUGGGAAAGACAUUCAAACGAAAAGGAUGGUCGACACCAAACGAAGACUGAUGAAUCCUUACACGUUGAAUCGAAACCAUCUCUGUCGGAUAAGCAUUCGUCUACAGAGGAAAAUCCCGGCCUUUCGUUCAGCAAUUCGAAGACUACGGAGCAAGUUCCAAACGACAGCGUCAAGAAGGUGCAAAGCACCGAGCACGAGGCUUUGAUUCAGACCAAAGGAGCGGAUUGGAUGUCCACUCCUUCUUCGAACGAUGAUUUUACGCAAUUGGACUGCUUCAAUUCAUCAUUACUUUCUCUAAAAACAGCACUUGAUGGCACGUAUUGCAAUAAUCCUUCGACGCAUAUCUUUCCGAAUUUCCAGCAACACAACAAGGAUCCGAGCCAAAUGGCCAGUCAGCAUCGUUUGUUAAGAAACAACACAGCACAACGAUGCAAAAGAGAACCCUCGCUGGUACCUGCUUUGCUUGAGGCGACCACCUUUAGCAGUGACUGUGUCAGUACUCUAACGACCGACUUGGACGAGGGCGACAAUGCCGGCAAAUCCAUUUCCACGUCUUCGAGUUCUUUGGACAGUGGUUCUGUCCCGUCAUCGAAUCCAUCCGGUCCGAAACUACGAGGAGAGAAGGUUCCAAGAGCAACACUCGACAGCAAAACCGACGGUACCGGCGGGUCGGAACGGAACGAAGGAAGAAAGACCGAGCUGGAUUGCGGUGGAAUCGAACAAGGCGCACGGACGGAUUGCGACCGGCACGAAGCGGGUCCCGGCGAUGGCAGCAGACCCACACCGAUCGGUGCGGACGACCGGCGCGGCGGAAGGGACGGCUCCGGGAAAGGCACGGGCAUCGCACCGGCACCGGUCCCGGUGCGCGCAACGACGAAGGAUGCCGCACCGGAGCGCGGCAGCGGCAGUGGCUCCGCCGCUGCAUCCGAGGGCUCGGUGCCACCGCCUCCGAAGCGCCGGGAACCCGCAUCGGUCGGCAGCCGCAGCUGCAGCAGUAGGAGCAGCGGGGACGAGAGCGGUCGGCAGAGUUCGAACAAGUACAGCCUGCUGCAGUUCUCGUCGACGUCGUCCGAGGAAGAUAGCAACAAAACGGAUCGAGUGGAUGGGAUUCCUUUGGUGACCCAGAAUCCAGAUGCAUCGCAGAGGCACGGCCAGGGAAGUUGUUGAAUGCCGCACCCAAAUAGCGCGGCCUUGUCAUUGAAAAGACAACUUGCAUAACACAAUAACUAACUACUACAAAC